GAAAAGCAAACAUGGCGACUUCCACGGGGCAAAAUGGAAAGGCUGCUGGUACUUCGGAUGCGGAUCUCUUGCUUCACCCUGAGUUGUUGUCUCAAGACUUUAUGAGGCUAAUUUUAAAUGAGAAAAACGUGAGUACCAGAGACUGUGGGAGCAGGGACCAGCUCACAGAGCUCUACCUGCGGCAUGUCAUCCCUCUGCCGCAGAGGACUUUACCCAACACCCGCUGGGGACGGAGGAUGGAGAAGAGCCGAGGGAAGCAAACGCCGGUAGCUCACCGGUCAGACAACUCCAGCAGUGACCACAGUAGAAAGAGGCCUCUGAUUGUGUACGAUGGGAGCUCCACUCACUCUGGCCCACUGAAAGUGAAGAAACCAGAGGGAAGUAUAGUGUCAAUAGGAAGCAACGACAGGUUAAAACCUCCACCAGCAGCAAAUCUUUCCAACCCCAUCCGCAAACUCUCAGGCAACACAUCUUCCUCUCCAUCCAGUCAGCGCAGCAGUGACACAAAAAACCUCGAACGAGAAGCAAAUACGUCGGGGGCACUGAAGUCUCCGGAAGUGAAGAACAAGAUCCAGCGUGUGACUUGGCCCUGAUCUUUGGCCUCUUUUUCAUACAGACCUGAUGGGACCUCAAGGUCCGGCAGACAGACCACUCCUUUCCCUGUCCGUAACCUGUGGUUGCCUAUACCUUAGGUGUCCCAUCACAAUUUUCCCAACUCAUUUAUCCACAGAAAGAGGUGAAAACCCUUCUAGCUGUGGGUCAAAGCUGCUUAACUGUUGCCAUUCAGUUAUAAGAGCUUACAAACCGGGAUGAAGUCACGAGCUUCCUUGAUGUUUUCCAAAACCUCAAGUGCCCUUACCAGCAUUAAUCAGCAACUUGCAUUAAGUCCCAUCCAAAAUGAGUGAGGUGAAUUAUUGCUCUUUUUAUUCUGUUGCUGGUUUAGGUUAAAAGGCCCCGGGGUGAUGAAUGAUGGCUGCAAUGGCUGUGUGUUCAACUGGAUGCUAAAGGAUCUUAUAACGUGAUAACAAUGGAAGUAAGCAAGAGGCAAUGCAGACAUGUUAUGAGACAGAUCUGUUUCUUUGGUGUAUUGUAAAUGAAUAUAGACAGAUCAUGGUGAGCAUCACAUUUUAGAAGUUGUGUGAUCAGUGACUUUUUAUCAUUUCUGUUAUGAAUUCAACUGAGAUUUGCAUUUGUUGAGCACUACACAAGUUUUCCAGGAUUUUGAAAUGUCACUCUGGUGUGAGAUUUUACAUAUGCUGCACAUAACGAUGGGAUAAAUAAAAACAAUAUUGAACUUUAUUAUUAGUAGACCAGUAAUUACUUGUUUAUAAAAAGAGCAUCGCAGAGAGGCCGAGUCUUUCAAAAGGACCACUUUUGUAAAUACUGUUCCAAACAUUUUGGGAUGUUGUGCAAAAAUGUAAAUAAAAACAGAAUGCAAUGAUUUGAAAAUCUCAUAAACCCAUAUUUUAUUCACAACAAAAUAUAGAAAACAUAUCACAUGUUUGACCUGGCAGCGUGCCAUUUUAAGAAGAAAAUAAAGUCAUUAUGAAUUGGAUGGCCUUAACACAUCUCAAAAAGUUGGGGCAGGGCCACAUUUACCACUGUGUAGCAUCACCUCUUCUUUUAACAACAGUCCGUAAACAUCUGGAAACUGAGGAGACCAGCUGCUGGACUUUUUGGGAGCGGACUUGUCCUGUUUGUGUCUGAUAGAAGAUUCUAGCUGUUCAACAGUCUUGGAUCAUCUUUGUUGUGUUUUUCGUUUUAUGAUGUGCCACAUUUUCUGUUCUUGUUUUCAUAACAUCAAAAAUGCAGACUUUUGAGCACAUGGAUGAAGCUGGAUGGUCCCUCUCCUCUUUAAUCCAGAUGAUAUAGCAUCCAUGUUUUCCACCACCAAAAAUUCGAAUUUCAGCUCGUCUGACUGGAGAACAGUUUCCACUUUGUCUUGGCAAUUAUCAGAAUCAGAAUACUUUAUUAAUCCCGAAGUAAAUUAGGGUUACAGCAGGCAGCACGCUAAUAGCGCAUGCGCACUUACAAAGGAACCUUCUGACCAGACUUACACAAUAAAUGAGCCUUGGCCCAGAGAUAACAGCUGUGUCUCUGGAUCAUUUUGACAUAUAGCUUCUUUUUUUUUUGAAUGAUUAAGCUUUAACCUGCACUUGUGGAUGCCACAGUGAACUGUGUUCACAGACAGUGAUUUCUGAAAGUCUUCCUGAGCUUGUGCAGUGAUCUGUGACAGAAUCCUGCCUGUUUUCAGUGCAGUGCUGCCUGAGGGCGCGAAGAUCACAGGCAUCCAAUACUGAGUUUUCACCUUAUUGGUGUGCACAGAGAUUCUCUGAAUAUUCUGCUGAUAUUAUGUACUGAGAUAACGAGAAACUCUUCUCAAUUUUACAUUUAAGACCAUUACUCUAAAAUAGAUUGAUGCAAAAUUUGUGAACACAGUUCUUUGCAGAUUGGUGAACCUGUGCACAGCUUUACUUCUGAGAAGUUCUGCCUCUCUAAGAUGCUCCUUUUUUUAUACCAGCUCAUGUUACGAUCUGUUACCAAUUAACCUAGUUAGCUGCAAACUAGUUCCAGUUGUAUUUUUUAGUAUGAGCUAUUUUUCCAGCCAUUUGUUGCCCCAUCACAUGUCGCUGCCAUUAAAUUUGAAUUAAGCGAGUAUUUUUUAUGAAAUAAUAGAAUGU